AUGAUUCAGAUUCAAUAAAUUGAUAAACCAUAUAGAUUUUGCGAUGUGAGAAUCUUGUAGAUUCUUUUAAUUAAUUAUUCUGCUUUAGAUAACUAUUUGCUUGUAAUUUUAAAAAAGAAAAGUUCUUUCUAAAGUAAAUAAAAUUGAAAACUUAGACAUGGGUCAAAUUCAUACUGUAGGACCUAAUCAAGCACUUAUAGUCUCAGGGGGUUGUUGUGGUUCGACUAAACGAACUACAAUAGUUGGAGGAUGGACUUGGGCAUGGUGGUUUAUAACAGAUGUUCAGAAAUUAUCACUUGAAGUAAUGACACUGAAUCCUGUGUGUGAUACUGUUGAAACUGUACAUGGAGUUCCACUUACAGUUACAGGUGUUGCCCAGUGCAAAAUAAUGAAAGCUGAUGAGCUCCUACAAACUGCAUCUGAGCAAUUUCUUGGCAGAACUAGUGCUCAAAUCAAACAAACUAUUCUUCAGACAUUGGAAGGUCAUCUUAGAGCUAUAUUGGGUACACUUACAGUUGAAGAAGUUUAUAAAGAUAGAGAUCAAUUUGCAUCCCUUGUUAGGGAAGUUGCUGCUCCUGAUGUUGGACGAAUGGGCAUUGAAAUAUUAUCUUUUACUAUAAAAGAUAUUUUUGACAAUGUACAAUAUUUAACAUCAUUAGGAAGAUCACAAACGGCAGCUGUGAAACGAGAUGCUGAUAUUGGUGUUGCUCAAGCAAAUCGAGAUGCAGGAAUUAGGGAAGCAGAAUGUGAAAAAUUAGCCAUGGAUAUAAAAUAUGGUACUGACACAAAAAUUGAAGACAAUUCUAGAUUGUUCAAAUUACAAAAAGCAAAUUAUGACAUGGAAGUGAAUACAAUCAAAGCUGAAGCCCAACUUGCUUAUGAAUUACAAGCUGCUAAAAUACAACAAAAAAUUAGAAAUGAAGUAAUACAAAUUGAUGUAGUUGAGAGAAAAAAACAAAUUGAAAUUGAAGCUCAAGAAGUAGAAAGAAGAGAACGUGAGCUAAAUGCUACUGUUAGAUUACCAGCAGAAGCCGAAAGUUAUCGUGUUCAAGCUAUUGCUGAAGGUAACAGAACUCAAGCAGUUGAAGAAGCUACAGCUUAUGCUGAACGUAUUAAGAAAAUUGGAUCAGCUGAAGCUUCAGCCAUUGGUGCUGUUGGUAAAGCUGAAGCGGAAGGAAUGAUGCUGAAGGCAAAUGUUUUUAAGACAUAUGGAGAAGCUGCUGUUAUGGCUUUAGUUAUGGAUGCUUUACCAAAAAUAGCAGCAGAGAUUGUGUCUCCUUUAUCAAAAACUGAAGAAAUUGUAUUAUUGAGUGGUAAUGGAAAUAUCAAUACAGAAGUGAAUCGUUUAGUUGCACAAUUACCACCAGCUGUUCAAGCCUUAUCGGGUGUAGAUAUUACCAAAGUUCUAUCUAAAAUACCUGGAGCUAAAUAAUAGA